AUGAAGUUCUCGAUAUAUGCGGCGGCGAUUGCGGGGGGUUCGCUAUUUGCUUCGACAGUGGCCUCGCCGGUCAGGCCUGGGAGGAGUGGCCUACAGAGGACUGCGACGAAGAUGGAGGCGCGGGGGCUGAGCAAAGAGGAGAAGGAGAGAUUGAAAUACUUUCACGAGCCUGGGGAAGGCGACGUUAUGGGACAUUAUGAUGCUCGUUACUUCAAAGGCGUCGUUGCCGACGACGAGCGCACCGAUACACAACUACACAUGAUCCGCGCCUACCUCGACUUCUUCCGACAGGAGGGCCUCGAUACAUGGAUAGCACACGGGACAUUGCUUGGAUGGUGGUGGAACGGAAGGCGACUACCUUGGGACUGGGAUAUGGACACGCAAGUGUCGGGCGCUACACUCGCAUUCCUCGGCGAAAGGUACAAUCAGACGCACCACAAAUACGUCUCCGAUGACGGCAGCGUCAAACGUGAAUACCUGCUCGACGUGAACCCUAUGGCAAGAGAACGAGAACGGGGAGACGGCAUGAACAUCAUCGAUGCACGGUGGAUUGAUCUUAGGAACGGUCUCUUUAUCGAUAUCACUGGUCUAAGCGAGACGCAUCCGGAUACCGCGCCGGGAGUGUGGAGUUGCAAGAACUACCAUCGAUAUCACACUUCAGAUCUAUAUCCGAUGCGCGAGACUGUGUUUGAGGGCGUUAUCGCGAAGGUUCCGUAUUCGUACGACAAGAUCUUGAUCCAGGAGUACCAGGAGAAGGCGCUUGUCGUGACAGAGUUCCAGGGGCACGCAUGGGACCCGAACCGGAAAGAAUGGCUCAAGACCGCCGAGCAAAUCGAAAAAGAUCGCCAAGACGCUGAGAAACGGAAGCAGGAAGAGGAGGAACGCAGGAAGAAAGAGGAAAAGAAGAAGGAAGAGGAGCAGAAAAAGAGCGCAGCGGAAGAGGGCGAGGGAGACAGGUAA